GCAGAUUUUUGCUGUGGGGCUGCCCCGCGGUGAACGAAGUGCGCUGCUCGCAAAUUCAUUCGACGGCGCUGCCCCGCGGUGUCAAAUGAGUGCCCUCACCGAAGUCUCCGAGGCCGAUGAGCUGAAGGCAGCCGUGGCGGCCACCGGCGAGCCGCGCUUGAUCGCGCUGCUGGAGCGCCUAGCAAUCGUCGAAGGCAAACUCGCGGACGGCGGCGGAGACCUGCGGGCCGCCAUCGAUGCGUGGACUCCGCCGACGACCAGCGGGCAAGCCGCCAAGACGCGCCUCGCGGAGCUGCUGACGCGGCUCGAGGCUGUCGAGGGACGCGAGGCCGCGCCGAGCAAGGUUGACCCCGCGGUCAUCGCCGCGCUGAAAAAGGAGCUUGAGAACGCGUGCAUGGCCCACAACUUCUCGCCCAAAAGGGCGGGCCGGCCCUCGAACAUCGAGAAGGACUUCCAGGCGUUCAAGGAACGCCUCAACACCAAAGCCGUGGCGCGCAGUGCAUAUAAAUCAAAUUGUCGCGGCGCGUCUCGGCCACUGCUGAAUCAUGACCUUCACGCCAUCGACGCGACGCCAGCUCGAUGGCGUGGUGGUGUGGUCUUACGCCACUCGAUUCAGAUAUAUCACGGAGCACCCGACUCACUGUUUGAUUUGUGCGCAGGUCGCGCCGCUCAACGCGAUCAAGAACCAGGGCAAGGAGGAGGGCACCGUAGAUAGACCCUUCGACCCCGAAGAGCUGCCCGAGGUCGCCGCGGCGGACAAGGCCUGCCGGACGGCGAUGCGCUUCAUGCGGAAAUUAGAUAGGCUCCGGGGCAACUUCGAUCCUAGGGAUAGCGAGGCCGACGCCACGGCGGCCUCAACCAAAAAUGCCGCGACGGCGGCCCUCGAGGCCUGCGCCGCGGGCGCGCCCCUCGACGCGGCGCGGGCCGCCGUCGACGCGGCGCGGUCGGCCUACGGCCUGGCCGCGCAGGCCGCGACCGCGAACUCGGUGGCGCGCAAGUCCGCGGAGCGCGACGCGUGCGAGGAAUUGAAUUCGGCCAUCGAGGCCGCUGUGGCGGCUGUCGCGACCGCGCUCGCGGCGCACAAGAAGGCGUCGAGCGCGCCGCCCGUUCCGCCGCCAGCUGCGGCGCCGGCCCCGGUCCCGCCGCCCGCCGCGGCGAAGCCUCCCGCGCGAAAGCUGGACGUCCAGCUCUCGACGCGCAGCACGGCGCUGGCGAACGCCCUCGACGACGAAUCCACGAAGGGGAUGUCAGCGGUGCAACGGCGGAUCAAGGCGAUCGAGGACAAAAUGAAGGGGAAGAAGUAGAGAGGGGUAACGUGAGUGAAGAGAAAAUAAACUUUAAAGAUGGGUGUGCGCAGCGUCGCCGUCGCCGGGCGCGCGCGCGGGCAAUGGU